GUGCUGGGUGGGAAAACCAGCUUUGCAACACAAAGGAGAGCUGUGCUCUUCCUUGGAGACUUGCAGAAAUUCUGGUAGCCUGGUGAGAACUCAGGUCCGUGGUAGAGCAGAAUGGUUGAAAAGUCCAGGGCUAAAAUAUAGCACUGGGUUCUGGACACAGGAGGGCCAAGCUGUGGUUCUAUUGUUGAUUCAAUGUAAGACCUUUUGCCAUCCCACCAUCUCCCCUUUUCUAAUGCAGAAAACAGGGGCACCUUCCCCUUCCUCUCUGAUGGGGGUCAGUGAGAUCGUGUGAAGCAUUUGGAGAUGCUAGAAGGUGCAGUUCUGCUGAAAUACAGUCUUGUUGAUUAUCGUGACUGUGUUAGGAAAGUCUCCAAGAAAUCCUGUGUAUGUGAUGAGAACUUUUGGGCACAGGUGUUUCAUGAGACAUGAGCCUUUUUCCCUCCUCCUUGUUUGUUUUUUUCAAUCAGCAAGGAUGACCCUGAUCUCUGCCAUGUUUCUUCUGGUUCCCAUGGAGACUACAGCUCAUAGAUAGAGGGAGGGUUGUUCCCUAGCAACUGUCUCUGCCCUGCAGCCUUCAUCGCACCUCCAUACCUGGACUUCAGCAGGACCUGCUUGCUUGUACAAAUCACUGUGGCACCACACAAGAGAUCAUGGACCAGGAGGUGCUAGAGGUUCCAACUUGCCCUACACUUGACGUGGCAGAAAGUGACUCUGUGUUGGCCAACAGUACUUCAGUGGAACCUGAGAAAGGAAAAAAGGAACAUCUUCCAGAAGGCUUAUGUCCCAGCAGACAGAGAACACCCCAAAGGAGGUCUAGCAGAGCCUCCUGGAAGAUCUCCAAGGGCCCAGUGGCUCAGGGAACAGCAAAGAACUCGACAUAUAUUAAGUGCCAGGCAUCUCCUUCUGCAAAGUGUGUUCAGACUGAAAAACAGAGCAAACAGAGUUUCCAGGCCAAAAGUCCCCCCAUGCAGAGUCUUCAUUCAAGAAGACUUGAAGAGGAAAGAGAAGAUAUUUCUGCCAUCAAAGACCCACUAGUGGGGCAUGAGCCAAGAGGGAGGAACAGCACUUACCACCUGUCUGCAAUAUCCAGGCAGAGGGAAGCAGAAGACACCAAAUCUGUCUCAAAUGCCAAAGAACCAAACCAGCACCAAACCCUGAUGUCUAGAGGGCCUGGAUCUUCCCAGAAGUCCAUCAAAACCAGCUACAAAAAAGCCAAGGAGACCUGCAGCAGAUUAAGUGCCAAAGAUUCCUUAGCAUCAUUAGGGCCAGAUAUGAAAGCAGAAUGGAAGCUCCUUCUGGAGAAGAGAAACAGUUUGAUCUGUGCUAACAGCAAAUAUAAAUUUGCCAGUGCAGAUGACCUUACCAGCGAUGAAGAGGAACGGCGAGCUCUGUGCAAGGCAGCAUUAAUCAUAGGACAGAAAAGACUCAGUGACCGUACUGAAAUGCUAAAACCGUCUUUGAACUCUACAUCUUUUGCUGAUUACAACCAGCUGGGUUUUAACCUGAGAUCAAAUAUCUUUCAAGGUGGCCCACUGGAGAGCCGAAGCUUGAUGAAAGAUUCCUACACCCCUGAUAUAAUUCAGAAGGCAAUCAGGGAUCCCAAGAAUUGGCACGGAAGGAGGACUGAUGAGCUAGGGAAAUGGCAUCAGAAAAAUGCCCUAAAUCUUAACCUGCAGAAAGCACUGGAGAACAAAUACGGGAAGAAAAAAGGCAAGCCUUAGAAGAUGAAGGUUGAGGAUUGGAGUGCAUUCAGUGAGGGAUCUUUUUCCUCAGCCAUCUAAUAAACCUCCAUAUAAAGCACGAGCCCAUCGCUUGCUAGUUGUCAACAGCAGAUUUGUUGCUGGUGCUCUCUUCCCGUGUCAAUGAUGGUGUCUUUGAGGAGAGCAAUGCAAGAUAAAUCUGAAUGUGAACACAAAAAAAAUCACUUUGUUGGUCACUGGUAAGAUGGGCCUGAUUAGUGUGUGAGGCACACGGCCUUGCAGAGGAAUGUAGUGGUGAGAGGCCACAUAGAAAUUCAUCUGCUCAGCACAUAAGGUGGAGUAGGACCUGUGAGCAGUGUAAGAGGGUGAUGGCAGGGGGGUGCAUGUGUGCGCAUGCGUGUGUGUGCACAUGCGAACUCAUGCUUGCCAAAAGAUUCAUGAUAUUUUGACAGCUGCCCCAGCAGUCCAAAGAGAAGUACAGAGGAUGCACUGGGAAUGAACCAGUGUUGCCCAAGGACCUGAAGGCUGCCUACCUCUUCCCCCAAUGAAGGGAAGCUUCAGAGCUGUAUGUACAUAGCAGCAAGACACACCAAGCAAAGAACCAGCUCCUUACUGAUGCUUCUGAGGUGACUUCAGACUCUCUGCCAGCAAGGCAUCAAACGGUGUUCACUCAAUAACCUGGGCACAACUCCAUAUGAUUGGCACUAGGUGCCAAUGUGGGGUAGGAAAGGAGGAUUCUCUACCCACCACUCUAGUUCUGUUGUUCUGUCUGCCACAUGGAGGAUUUCAGGGGAAGCUUCUACCCUGGCAGGGAGCACCAGUAAUGUGUGGAAACAAAUGGAAACUCACCUGAGAAGUGGAGGCGUCAGGGUAUUCAUUAAAGCCCACGCUAUUUGCAGGCCAAGCCAAUGCAAAAAAAAAAAA